CCCAUGGACUGGAUCCAGAGGAGAGCAGAUACACAGAGACAGAUCACCUCCAAUCAGCUGGUGGACUUGUUGACUUUUACCAUUGUUGUUCUUGAACUACACGUAGAAAAGAAAACCGAGCUUGUGAACUACACUGCAAAUACUACAGGGAAUGCUGUGUUUUGGAAAUUCCACCGAGUGCYUCCGGGACCAGAUGCAGUCCAUGAUGAGAUCCUUGCAGGACCUGAAGCAGAUAGGCAGGCCCAGGCCCCUGAGUGAACCCUGCCCCCAGUCGUUCAUCGUCACAAGGCGCUGCAAACAGAGGGCACAGCAGGAGCGGCUAACCCGCCUCCGGGUUUCUGAUGCCAGUGUGGCCAGCACCUACGACUCUGCCUGCUGCCUGGCCAACCCACUGGAGCAGGAGGAGGAAGAGCAGCAGGAGCACGAACGCCUGACCCGAGGCUCCCCCAGCAGCGAGAAGAGCGUCGAUUUGGACUCAGGUUUCUCAGAGGCUUCCUGGCAGGAUGAGGGCGUGGUGCUGAGGAGGACCAGAAACGUGCGAGUUUCCUCCUCGGCCUGCGUCCGCACGCAUCGGAUCCGGCCCAAAUCCACGUCUGACGCCUGCCUGGAGCGCUGGACGUCUUUUGAAGCCGGUGACGCGGAGGACUGGGCGACCUCUCUGCUCAGCCGCAGUAGAAACAGACAACCCCUGGUUCUGGGGGACAACAGUUUUGCUGACCUGAUACAGAACUGGAUGGACCUGCCAGACUAUCCAGAGCCAACGGAGCUGAAGCCCAGCGGAGGCCGGCGUCUCGCAAAGGACAUUUUGGGAAACAUGAGGCGGAAGCUGGCGGGGAUGUCUAAAGGCGUGGAGCUGAGGACGAGGCCGGCAGAGUCCACGAGGCCGAGCAGAGCUGCAGACGCUCUCCAGCGGAGGUCCUGUCCUGUGGGAUUUGAGGCUCUGAAACCUUUCUUUCAUCAGUCUCACACGGGGCUGCACGAACCCGACUCAGACUUCUACAAGUUCACAGCUCUCAUGGAGACAGGCAGCCGGCACCCCAUCAUAUGCAAUGACAUCAUUGGAUACAUUUAACCAGGACAACAGCACCCAGAGACUCAUCUGUUUACACAGACUUCACCCAGAGUUUUGUAUUUAAAGUGGRAAUUUUUGAAGAAAUAAAAAAUACUUAUUAAAAUAUA